AUGUCAGCAAACUGGAUGCGCACCGCGAAGGUUUUUUGCCUCAGGUCUUCUGGCCUUGAAUUGAACGCAGUUCUUAACAUCCUUAGGUGGUUUCCUUAUCUAGAAAAGCUCUACAUCAUUUUUCAAAAACACAAUGAGAAGGAUAAGAAAAAUGACCCUCAAUAUGACCCUUUACAUCCAAUCGAAUGUCUUCAGACCCAUCUCAAAAAAGUGGUGUUUAAGUCAUUCGUAGGCUAUGAGAAACAGGUUAACUUUGCGAGGUUCUUUGUUUUGCAUGCAAAAGUGCUCAAAAAGGUUGAAUUUGAAGUAUAUGGCCAGUGCAACACUAUAUCAGUGGCUUAUCAUCACACGCUGCUAAAAGUGGAAAACAGAGCUACUCGAGAUGCUCAGUUUGAAUUCAGGAGUAAACAUCGUCGUACUGAGUAUGAUGCACAUAUCCAUGAUUUGUCCGUGGCCGACCCCUUCGGACAACCAUAG